AUGUGGUUAGAUUUGUUGAUGGUGGAUGUUAAUGCCACCAUGAUGCACGCUUCCAUCAAUGCCAGUCAUGUUGGAGUUUUCCGGGCAAAGCUUACCGCCGGCAACAUUAAUGAGUCUGUGACGUUGAGUUUCUUUGAUGCCGAAGCUGUAGCUUUCCACCACCGGCUUGACAAAAUGCGUAUAGAUCCUAAAGUAAUUGUUGCUACAUCUAUCAAUCCCAAAAUGGUCGGAGGCUGA